GUGACCAGGACGCUUUAGGGAGAGGUCCAGAGAGAAAGAGCGAGAGAAGGAUAAGGUUAGUUCUAUAAUAAGGAAGGAACGAACAUCAGAUCCUUUCCUCCCCAAGUCCACCUUUAGAACCCUUUUCCAGGGGAUUAACGAGUGUGGAGAGAGAGACAAUAUAACAAGAAAAGGAACAUGAAAGAAAUCGUCAUUAAAUGCACUUGAAGUUAUCUCUUCCUUCUUGCACCUCUCUCUAAUUUAAUCUUAAACCCACUCCAAGUUCCCCCAAGGGACUUCUCUCUCUAUUUCAAGAGAGACAGAAUCAGAAGAGUCCAUUCCUCCUGAUUCCCAACCAAGUGGGAAUAAAAACAGGAUUCCACUCUUUCUUUCUGUUCCUCCUCUCAUCCCUCCUUCCCCUCCUCCUCUCCAUCAUGACGUUGCUGGCCUCUGAGAGGUCGCUUCUCAUCCGGAACAAAUUCCGCUCAGUCUUGCAGUUGAGGAUUCAGAACCGAAGACAAAAUGAAAUCGACUCUGGGUUGAAAACUACCUGUUCCUCUCGCAAAGGAGAGAAAGACCAGAGUAAAGCUCUGCGUCUAACUGACGAUGGCGCCACUCAGAAGUCGCCCCUGUGUGGUCUGAACAUUAAAACUGCACAAGACAGGAGUGUAUGUGGGGCUGGAAGGCAGAAGAAGGCUCGGCUGGCUAACAACCUUAGAGAGAAGGUCCAGCAUCGUCCCGAACCUCUGGACCUACUGCACAAACACAUACUGCCUCCGGAGAACCGCCCCGUCUCCUUCCUUCUCUCCUCAGAUGUCUUCCAAGAUGACAUCUCUUCCUGCUCUUCCUCCUUGUCUCCCGAGCAACUCGGGGUCCUCCAAUCACCAGCCUUCUCCUCGUCGCCAGGGUUCUCAGAUGACCAAUCACUGAGUGACCUGUCGCCUGGGGUCUUGCCCCUUACCCACAGUCCCGCCCAUGUUCAGUCUAUCUUGGCGUUGCUCCCAGCAACCGAGGGCAUCAGCCAGCCAAUGAGCAUGACCGUGGGCGACUCCAACUCUAUGGCAACGACCGGGAGACCAAAGGGGAUGUAUCUGACCUCCCAUGCCACGCCUCUGCUGCCAAAGACAGCCCGGUCUCUCACACCUCCCUCCGAUUCUUCCUCACUUACUCCCUCCCUGAAUUCCUCUCGCCCCCCCCGCCCGCGGAAACCACGGGAUUCACAGCCCAAGAUGAGGAAACUCAAAUACCAUCAGUACAUUCCCCCCGACCAGAGAGGGACGGCCGGGACUGCCGGGGGAGGGGCCAGUCAGAGGAGCCCCACCCCAGCCCAGCUCUUAGACCCCGCCUACUCCAGCCUCCUGCAGCAACAGCAGGUGUUCCUCCAGCUGCAGAUCCUCCAGAACCAACAACAACAACAGCAGAACCAGCAGCAACAGGACCAGCAGCAGCUCACCGUCACACCCAGUGGAGACACCAACCAAAUGGUGAGGUUCUCUGGAGCCAUGCACCAGAACCCUCAGCCUGUAUCCAAGGCAACAAACCACACCUCUGUGGACACAAGUCCCUCCAACAAUUCUGAGCUAGUCCCACCUAACCUGGUCGACCUCACGGUGUCUGAGUUGCGACAGCAGCUGCGUAAGCGAGGUCUUCCUGUCUCUGGCACCAAGCCCACCCUCCUCCAGAGGCUACGCCCUUUCCAGCUGCCCCACCUGUGUUUGACCCCUAUGCCCCUCUGCCAGCUGGGUACCAGCCAGGAACCCCUUACCCCCACCUCCCUGCUCACUCCCAGCCACUACCCCAGCUCCAGCCCCAGCUCUGGAACUGACUCCCCCACCAACAGCCCUAACCAUCAGGUCUACAUCCAGUCCACUGGAAUUCUGAGCGGGGUUCCAAACGGAAUUGUUAAUGGCAUUCCGAACGGUAAUACUAAUGGAAUAGGGGUCAGUGUGGUGGGGGAGCAGUGUGGCUUCCUGGCCGCUGCGUUAACCCCGUCGUCGACACCCAGCCCUGGUCUCCCCCCAUGCUCCUCUUUGCCACUGUCGACUGGCGCCUUCUGGCAGUCGGAACAGGAGCAGCAGGAGUUGAGCCUGGAGCUGGAGAUGAGGGAUAGGAUGAGGAGCAGGCCCAGGGAGAGGCUAUCUCCUCCUCUGUCUCUAUCCUGUGGGGGUUCCCUCCAUCCCUUCCUGCAACAGGAUCCAGGAUGGCCCAGAGGGACACCAGAGAGGGAAGGACAGACAGAGAUCCUGUUCACACAGGUGUUCUGCUGCCAGCCGUGGGACGUGAUUGGCCAGGACUUUGAGCUGCCCAUGCAGAUCACAGCCAGUCCCAUUCAAGCCCCACCCAGCGUCCGCAGUCUGGAGGAGGAGCUGCAGGAGGCCAUUAACAGAGUACUGAUGGACCCCAGUCAGUCAAUAGAGGACAUUCUGGAGGAACCUACCACCUGUGUGGACUCCCACUCCUCCUCUGUCUCAGACCUCCAAUCCCCUGUCACUAUCCUCCCUGGCCCCUCCCCUCCUCCCCAAACAGACCAAUCCCAGCCGUUCCGUUGUCAUUCAAAGGAUGACAACUUCUUGUCCUCUCCUCUCUGCUCCUCCCUCCUGCUGGAGCUCCCGCCGUCACCUUCGACGAUGGUUCCCCGCCAAGCCGCCCCACCCCCUCUCCCUCCCUCCAUCUGUACUUCUCCCCUGCCUCCCACUGUGACCUCACGGAAGAGGCGGGUUCAGGCAACCUUUGACCCUGCUGAUUGGUUGGAGUCGCUAGCCUCUGGACUCCGACCUCUCAGUCCUCCAUCUGCCCCAUUCGUUGAGACCGACUUUGGCCUCAAUUUGGAUCUGAACGUCAACCAAGCGUUGGAUCUCAUGGUGGAGCAGUGGUGAAGGUCUUAGGUGGACUGAGUGUCAGUGUGUGUGUGUGUGUGUGUGUGUGUGUGUGUGUGUGUGUGUGUGUGUGUUCGUUAUUUGGACUUCAACAUACACCUCCCAAACAAUGGGAACAGAUUUGUGAAUGUCCAUCCAUCCAUCUGUCUAUCCAUCCAUCCCCUCUGUCCAUUUUGUGAGUGAGUAAUCUGUUUGAGCGAGGUGACUGCAGGUCUGUACCCCACUCAAUGUUGAGAGACAGACACUACUACACUGGAAGAGAUGAAAAAGACUGAGUUGCAUUGGUGGAACAAUAACUGGCAGAGGGAAUCACACGCACAUGCACACACGCACACACACACACACACACACACACACACACACACACACACACACACACACACACACACACACACACACACACACACACACACACACACACACACACACGCACACACACACGCACGCACACUUUGAGUUGUCCUGUUAAAUAAAAAAUGGCCAAUUACAACAAAUGAACAAUGCACAUUUGGAGUCACACAAUCCAACACAUUGUUUACAGUGGGAAACAAAGAAACCCAGUUGAACAGGGCCCCUACUGUUCCCCCAGCCACAGUCAUUGAGUCCGAGUCAUUCAUAAAGGCCAUUAAAGCCAGACUGGGCAGACAGACAGGGCACACAGCUUGUCCAUGUCUCUAGACCUUUCCCUAGUGCCAGACACACAGUCGGCAUGUGGAGAGAGAGAGCUGGCAGACACCACACAACCCUUACAGGGAAGUGUAUGUGUGUCACUGUGUGUAUGUGUGUGUAUGUGUUUGUGCACGCCUGGCUGCUUCUGUUUGUGUCGGUGUGUGUGUGUUAAUACACACACACCCAAAUGUAUAUUUAUCUGAAUUGUUGCAAAUAUACUUGUAGCUCCUUGUUUGUGUAGACUAAGUGUGCAAUGUCUCUGAGUAUUGAUUUUGUACGGUUAAUCUGUGAGAGAGAGAGAGAGAGAAGAGAGAGAGAAGAGAGACUGCUUCCACAUUUCGUGCCUAUUUUAAUUGUGGUCUCAACACUAGUCUGUUGCUGCAAUAUAUAACACUGUGAGUGGGUCACUAAAACCUAAUGAACCACUAUGUUCAAUUCAUUGCUUGCCUUUUUUUUAUUUAAGAGAAAAAAAAUGGUAAACAUCCUAUUAAGCCAAGAGAUAAAUAGCAAUCACUCUGAGAGGCUUCAGAGCCUGCAACACCACCAUAUUACCAGAGUGUAUGUUCUCAUCAGCGCAUGAGAACAGGUGGCCACUGAGGACCUCCCACAGUGUUUGGAGGAAACAGCUUGGUGCUCUACACACUGUAAGGGCCACAGUCACUGUUUACACCUGUUGUUAUGGAGAUAAAAAUGUCAAAUAAAGGUUAUGCGCAGGAUAACAAUGGCAAUUAAUUUCAUUAAACAAUUUCAUGAUUUUAGCUUAGAUUUUUUCGGGGCUUUAUCCCAUAUUGUAAAAACAGGUAGAAUUUGGAAAUACAUCUGUCCCAAAAAUAGGCUGUUCUGAUUGCAGGAAGUGACACAGGUGUUCCCUGAGACCACAAUCUCUCUCUUGGCCAGUUCCAAAUCGACCCCUAGCCCCUACCCCCUAGGCACACGAGGAGGAUAGAACUGGAUAGAUAUAAUCAAUAUGGUAAUAGCUCCACCAUUCCCCUGAUAGGCUAUGUGGAACUUUACCCAUAUCGCACACAGCUAUCCAGCCUACUAGAAGUUGUGCCCUGGUACGAGGGGCUAGAGGCUAGGGGUCCGCAUGGGAUUGGCCAUAUUCAUUUUAAAUGACCACCAGGGGUGUCCCAUCAGAAAAGAGCUGAGGAGGUGAAUACUGUACUUCUCCCUAACAUGGAUCAUGAUGAAGUUGUCUGUGUUUCCGUGCUAUCAGUGAUUGACAAGGCAGUCCAAGGGCUUAUUCUCAGGGUCAGAACGUUCAGUAUUUACAGAGCAGAUAUUAUUCUCUAUUCCACAUGAUGUUUUACCAGAUCCAAUGGUUCUGAGGUCAUGACAGACUUAAUUCAGCUGUUGUGAUUCCGAUUAGUUGUAUGGCCUGUCAAUUAGUGAAGUAUGUGAGCACUGAUUAUGGCCUAGCCUGAGAGCAACCCACAGCCUCUGUUAGCAGUAUGGUGACGGCUCUACCUAGCCUUCCAAUAGGCUUAGGGGAACUUCUGCCAUAUUUCUUCUGCCUACCUGGUUCAUGUAGAUUAGAAAACCAAAGGGGUGUAGGGGCUAGGGGUUGUUUUUGGACCAGGCCUGUGUUAUGUUCCUUGGGAGAAUACAACACAUAGUGUGCUUUCCUAACCUCCUAGCUGACUCGACACCCUUCUUAAAGACCAUUGUGUGAACAACAAACUGUGAUCUUACUAAUGUUCCCCAGAGACAUAUUUCUUGAUAUUUAUAUAUAUGGCUCUGAUGUUCCCCACCCAGUCUCUGAAUAAUAACCCCUGCACUAAGUGCAAUAUGGUGUAUGUGAAGGGCACAGCCAUUGGGAAAUACCAGGCCCCCAUAUCUCUGUCUUGUCGUUACUCUAAACAAAAUGGCAUAAUGGGUCCUCACUCAACAAGAUGUUGCAUAACGCUUAGUUCAUUUGAGGGUUUUCACUGCUUCAGGGAUAGCAUACACAGAUGUUUCGGCUUCACAGCCUUCUUCAGUGUGUAGGUACAAAUGUAUUUGUAGGGAACAACAGAUCAGCAGCAGGUGCUUCUAAGCAGAGUUACCAAUCAUCUGCCAAGCUUUCAUGUUGAAGCAUUUCACAAGCGGCUUUCAUCGUAGAACUGUAGAAAACCAUGUUGAAUGGUGACAAUGGGACAGACUGACGACCGUGAUAAUCACAGUGGUCAAACACGUUCUCUGUCUGCUGCACUUAGGAUGACGAGAGAGAGAAACACGGGAGAGUAACAUGCUACCUCUUGUGAAUGGAGAUGCUUUAGGCCUACUGUACUCUGUCUGGUCUUGGACAACCACGGUGUAUGUUGGUUUUCAUCUGAACCAGUCUCUUCCCCUAAAUCUGUGCUGAUAUCACCUGACUCAUGUUAGGAGUGUAUCACUUUCAGAAUCAGUGGAGAGGUUGGUGGGUUGGUUGGGAGAACUGUCUAUGCUAGGUUAUUCCUGUCUGUCUGCCUGUCUGUCUGUCUGCCUGUCUGUUUGCCUGUCUGUCUGUCUGUCUGUCGGUCUGUCUGUCUGUGUUGUGAAGGUAUUUCUUUCCCCCUUGAGGCUUUCUGUAGCCAGAAUGAGAGAAAGAGGGAUUAGACUAAGACGUUGUCAUAAUCGAGAUCAGGAAGUAUCUGAGCCAACUGUUGCCAUUGUUUCAGUCAGCUCCAUUCAUUGGGAGUUCAAUUUGGAUUCCAAUGCCGAUAUACUUCCUGGAUAAUCUUCAGAUUGAUAACAUCACUGUCUAAUCUUUCUUCAUCUCAUUCUAGUACUGUAACCAGAUAGUGUGGGGAUGACCCAAUGGCAAAAAUACAAACAGUAUUUACAUUUAUUUAUUUAUUAUGUAACUUAUUCAGGCAAAAUGUUAUCAAUACGUGUUCAAAUUGUAUUGUAAAAAAACAUUAAGAAAUGAAAAGUCUUAAUAGAUUUCCCA